CUCCCCAACACACAACUGUCUCACCACCAACAAUUUCUCAGCAACAUAACCAUGAAGCUCGCUCAAGUUGCCCUCCUGGCGCUCGUCACCAGGUCCUCGCCGCCCCCACGGCCGAAACUCGCGACGACAGUAGUGGCAAGUCUCUCGGGACCAUCACCACCAAGGCAGAGUACCUCGCACUUCACGCCAACCACCGCCUAGUGCACAAUAACGGCAACUUCAUUGCCCUCGAUGUCGGCACCAAUGACUUUUGGCAAGUCGGCGACCCCCUUCUCUCAGACGUCAAGUCUGCCUGGACCAGCUUCACUCCGCCCACGACGAGUGUCAAGCGUGACGCUGUCUCUCUCGAAGGGAAGCGCGACUCUCCUGGGAGCUACUGCAACGGUGGCCAUUCUCCUUCGGGUGGUGUAUCUGAUAUCGGCUGUCCUUAA